UUUUUUUUUUAUCAUUGGAAAAUGAUAAAUUACUUUAUUAUUAACAAACUGGGAACAGUGCUUUAUCAGUCGGCACAGGGAAAACGAAAUAAUUCAAAUACUGGUUCUAUCAACGAAAGCCAACGUAUUCGCUAUCUACCAUUGUUGGUCAUUAAAGACCUAAUUAAGGCUAAUCUUAACAAUGUGAUUCAAUAUAUACAAAUUGGAAACAAGACGGUUGCAUUUAGAGAGCAACAAAACCUACUGUAUGUUGCUUGCACCAAAAAGACGAAUAUGCCAAUAAACUUGUUGCAGCUCCACUUAAAAGUGAUGCACCAUUUCAUAAAGUUUCAUUAUGGACCACAUUGGUCAUUACAGAUUGGAGGCAAUGCACGUUCAAGUAAACUGGCGACGAUAUCCAUGUCCGAGAUACGGACCUGCUUAUCACAGUUACCGUUCCUUUCCACGUGCGGUAAGUUAUCGAUCCGAUCGAGUGAGGCUCUAUGUGCCAGUGAGCAAGUACAAGUGAGCGAGGAUUUGAGAUUUCGAUUGACUGAAAGUCUAAGAAGCAGUUGUAAUUCGACUUUUAUCCAUCAAACGCAAUAUCAUGCCCAUCAUCAUCAUCAUCAUCGAAACUCCUUCUUUUCGUCAAGGAAUAAACAUCAUUCGUUUGAUUUAAAUGAGGCCACCAAGACCACCACCACCACAACUACAACAUGGGCGUAUUGUUUCUUGUUUGCGAGAGAGAAAUUAGUAGCACAAUGCCGUAACUCCAACACAGAAGAAUUGCCUGAUGAGUUUGUGUAUUUUUUGAAACUAUUAGUAUCACAUUAUUUACAAGAAAAGCACGAGUCAGGCAUAAUUAAUACAAUACGCUCUACCACAUUACCCCAAAACAUCUCAUCCAACUCCACCACGACCACGACAUCAACAAUUACUUCAGGCACAGCUACCACCGUGACAACGACAGCUCUUCCGAACAACGUCUCCCCAUCCUCAUCUAAUUCUGCUACGACCACCACUAGUUCCAGUCAUCAAUCAUCCCUUGCAUAUGUGUACGACGCUAACUCAAGUUCGACUCCUUUUAAAAUUCGGGAAAAGUCCGCAUCUUCAGUUACAGUUGUAUCAUCCGACUCAUCCAUCUCAUAUUGGAGCAAUCCCUUAUCGAACAAUCUGACACAUCAUUUAAUCACAUCAUUACCGCAUGACAUUCAACCUUCAUUACCCCAAAAUAAUAACAAUAGACCAUCCAACGUAUUAUUAAUACCAAAUAAGCAACAACAACAGUCUAUCGCCGAUAUUCUGAAUAUCGAUGACACCUGUGCCGUGAAUAAUAACAUGUCCUUCUUGUCGAGCAGUGUGCCGUCAGAGACCACACAACAGACCCAUAAGACAAACUAUCAUCCAUUCCAUCCGGGUAACGAUCGUAUCGCCUCUGCACCGUCAUCCCCAACACAUCGUUCCCGGUCCCAAAGUUUAUCGUCAAACACAAACAAUGAAGAUUCGUCAUUAAAGCAUAUUUUGGCAAACCUUAUUAACGGUGAAACAAGUUAUUUGGAUCAAACAGAGGAUGUCAAGUUGGUGAGGCGUUGGAUAAAGUCCGAUGGUCAUGUCUAUCUGGCGAAUUUUAUCAUCAUCUUGUUAAGUGAUGGUCUAUGCUCUAUUGUUGUUUGUAAAGAUGAUCCGGAUAAGAAUAAGCCUGUACCUUCCAAAUCGCCUUGGAAACCGAUGUCAAGUCAGGUCAAAUUAUUCAAGUCUCAACUAAGAUCUAGUCUUUCUGAUUUUACAACCUUUAUCUUGACAAAGGAAGCCACGCAUUUUACCAAUCUCUCUUUUGCAGUGACUUAUCCUGGGUUGAUUCAUUUUGUUCAUCUGGAUAGAGGAGUGAUGGUGUCGCCAAGAUUGGUGGAUUUGAAUGAACUGGAUAAGAAUCACGAAUUAUUACAUGAGGUGUAUGGAAGAUAUUAUAAUACGACGUGUACAGAUGAAGGCAAAUGGAAAUGGCCAACGGAGACAAACCUAAAGAAAUUGUGUAAUCAAAUGUUACAGUUGGGUAUUUCAUUUCGUCUAGAUACAACGAGAACAAAAGCGAUCAAAGAGUCUAGUAAUAGCCAAUAUUACUUUCUUUACCAAAAGGGACCUCAUCCUCAUCAAGAACUUUUAGCGAUCUAUUUUAGUAUUGUGCCACCCGAUCGACUUUGGAGUAUGCAUCAAAAACUAUUGAACGAUAUCUGUCAACGUACAUUAUCAACCUCAUCCUCAUCACUCUCUUUAUAAACAGCUUUCUCUCUUUUGUUUUUCCUUAUUUUAUUCUAUUUAAAAAUUUGUACAUGCUACGAUUUUUUUUUUUUUAUUCUCUGGGAACAAAUGUCAAGUUCUUGGGUAAUGAUUCACGGUUGUCCUCGAAAUAGGCUUCGAUGGUGACCUUUUGAGCUUCUAAAGGUCCACCUGUCUUGAAAUAUGCCAAUACAUCCUUUGUUGUCUCUAAUCCAUUUAAUUCAUAGUUGGGUACUUCUUUACCGGUUUCUUUAAUGCUAUCUUUUAAAAUCUACAACACAUAUAGAAAAGUGAUGUUAGUUCUCCCCAUCCUAUACAUAAUUUGACCCGCCCCCUCUACAUUUAAAAAAAUUCAUGCAUUCUUUUUUUUGUUUUUUUCUCUCUUUUUCUUUUUCUGCAAUUCUUUUUUUUUCUGAGUGUAUGUGUGUGUAUGUGUGUGC